AUGGUCCGCCAACACGGUCACACUCCCUCAACUCUUUUCGACUCCACCACCAACCACCACCACCCUCCCAAUCACAACACAAUGUCGGGCAAAGUUAGCGGCAAAUCCAAGUCGGGAAAAGCAGCAGGCGGCGGAGGCGAUGGAAAAGCCCAGUCCCGUUCAUCGAAAGCCGGUCUCCAAUUCCCAGUCGGUCGUAUCCACCGUCUCCUGAAGAAGGGCAAUUACGCUCAGCGUGUUGGUGCUGGGGCACCAGUCUACCUUGCUGCUGUUCUUGAAUACCUAGCUGCCGAGAUUCUCGAGCUUGCUGGGAAUGCGGCCCGCGACAACAAGAAACAUCGUAUUGUUCCCCGUCAUCUGCAACUCGCCAUCCGCAACGAUGAGGAGUUGGGCAAACUGCUUGGCUCGGUCGUCAUCUCGCAAGGUGGUGUCGUACCCCACAUCGACGCUGCUCUCUUACCAACGAGUACGGGCAAGAAGGGCAAGGCCUCACAGGAGGCUUAG